CCCAGUGUUCUUUCCCUCAGCGCUUUGGACAUUUUUUCAUGUCCACGUUACAUGGAACUAGGUGGAUGGAGCUGUCACGUUCAAUAGUCCAUGUAAACAUAACGUAUCAGUUGCUGUUUUCGAAAUCUUUGGACGGACAAGUGCGAUUUAUCUUGUAGCUAAAUACUGUAUCCGUGUAACGGGCAAUUUACUAUGGCUUGCCUGACCGACACUAAUGAUACACCGCAGCACCCCGAAGACAUCGAAUUUCAGCAUAUACUCAGUCAAAUUGGAGGUAAAGAGAAGAUAUUCUUGGUAAGUGAUGCGUUCAAAUCAGACCAGGUGGACGAAAGCAGUGGGGUAUUGCAGGAGUUAAUUCAGGACAUGUUUCAUAGCGGCUGCACUGAAAACCUCCACAAAAGCCCUGCCAACAAUAAUGGACGGGUUUAUUCUUCUACAAAUGGUCAAGAGGAUACUGCAAGUGACAAGAAUAGUACACGAGAGACAGUCAUCGACUGCAUUAAUUUGCCUCAAGCCCAAGGGAACGAAACACUUGUGUCAACCAGGCCAAAGGAUUUAAAAUUGAGUGCCAAGCCUGUGGGGGAGGAUCAAGGACCUCCAAGGCUCAAUGGAGAAGUUACAAUGACUAAAACCUCAAUCAUGAACAGUUGUGGACGAAAGAGGAUAAUCGACUCGCCUGUCAUAAUAUUCAUAUUCAGACAUGAGUGUUUCAGUGGCAGUGGGAACGCAAUUUGCCUAAAAGAAAUUCUGAAGGACGUUAGGGCACGUACUAAACGUGCUAGUGUCCGCCCAGCUCUACUCGGGUUAGUGCGUUCAAAAGGUGAGAGCAACGAGACGCGUGAAUCUGUGGGACUUCUAGAGCGUUUGCUCCGUUCAGUGUUUCGUGAACAUCCCCCAGAAGCCAUCUGGGUUGGGCAUUUCAUUCCCAAAUCGGAGGAUAAGAUGCUGGCCAUCAAGAAGUAUGCCUGCAAAGCCAUUCAUUCGUCUAAAUCCUCAGAUAGUUUUGGGAGGAACAGCUUUUUCCGGCAAUUCCAAUGUUUGCUUUGGCCUAGAAGAAGAAACAGUGGCCAGGCCAACAACACGUCAACAAACAGGCAAAAGGGUGACACAGGAAGCGCAGAAGAAGGUAUCCCUCUGAAGACUGGUGUAUUGUCGGCUGAAGAUCAGGCAGACUCAGGACAUAACUCAUAGAAGUUUGUGUAAUGAUAAUCGGUGUCUACACAGUGUUGUUUUUGUUGCUGAUUCAGUUCCUAGUAAACAUAAGCCUGUCAUUAGUUUGAAAUGUAAAUGAAUAGGUGUUAGAAACUACAAGAAAUCCAGAAAUGUGAAACCUUUUGGUGCCUUAGUAAUUUAGUCUAAGAAUAAUCAUAAAAAUAGCAAUUGCACUAAUCCAGACACUGGGUUCUGGGUAAUUUUUGUAUGUUUAUGCCCAGUGGUGAAUUCUGUUUUUCAUUUUAAAUUUGUUUUUAACCUGUUCAUAGUGUUGAAUCUGCUUCUAAUCUGUAUAUAAAAAAAAUAAAGCAAAUACCUUCUAUUUU